AUGCUUGUGAAUCCCCAUGGUGAAUACACAAAGUUUGCUCCUGUACUCUUUCUUCAUCCAGAGCAUCCCAACAAAGACAAAUUUCUCAAAAUGGCAAAGUUUGUUCGGGUCCUGAAAGUAGCACUUUUUGGGAAAUCCUCCCUUUCUGCCACCUAUGCUCCAGCCCCCAAGACUAAAGCCAAACUUUGGCAAUUACAGAAUACCACUCCAGGUAUGAUUGCUGCUGCCGCUGUUCUUGCAAUAUUUGUUCUUUUGGGCGACAAGGAUAUAUACACAAAGGGUGAAAAAAGCAAUAUCCUGUACCACCAAUAUCACAACUACUAUUGCCAAUGUCUAAUGACCGGAGGUGCCUGGACGCAAGACAUCCUUACCUUUUUCAACAACACCCUCUUUCCCAAAACCUCAUCCUCACAUGUCAGUCCAGACAUGACAGAUGCAGGCACUUCCCACAACAGUUGGGAAGAGGAGCUUGAUCAUGCCAUGGAAGAGAAAGGCAACAAACUAGCUUUUCAAUUUGAUCCUGUCAUUGCACCUGUUACUCAGUCUUCUGAGUCUAUUGUGGACCCACCCUUUGCCUCUGUCACACUGCCAGCAUAUAUUCCUACUGUUACAUUUCCACCUGUUCCUGCAACUGCCCCUGCAUUACAGCACCACCUGACACCAUCUCUUCAGCAAUGCAAGACCUUACCUUGGCAGGUGGUCCUCCCUUUGUAG